CAGACAUUUGUCACUGUCUCGUAGCAACAAAAGCAAAACAUAGAAAUAAUCGACCUUUGUGGAUUCCCCUAUUUAAAUCACUAUCAUCAUCUUCGACUUCAAUUGAUCGAGUUUGUUAGAAAAGAAAGCAAGAGAAAAAUGGCUAUGUCUAUGAACCGGAUCGUAGUUUCGCCUUCUCAAACUCGUGGAUCCAGAUCUUCCAUUGCUUCUUCCAUUCGUUCCUCUACUACAGAGGUUACUAAUGGAAGGAAGCUCUACAUCCCUCCACGAGAAGUCCAUGUGCAAGUGAAACACUCUAUGCCACCACAAAAGCUAGAGAUCUUCAAGUCCUUGGAAGGAUGGGCUGAUGAGACCCUCUUGACUUACUUAAAACCCGUCGAAAAAUCAUGGCAGCCGACUGAUUUUCUCCCGGAACCAGAGACAGAAGGGUUCUAUGAACAAGUCAAGGAGUUGAGAGAAAGGUGUAAGGAGCUUCCUGACGAGUAUUUCGUGGUGCUUGUUGGUGAUAUGAUUACAGAAGAAGCACUUCCUACUUACCAGACCAUGUUGAACACGUUGGAUGGUGUUAGGGAUGAGACGGGAGCAAGUCCUACUCCUUGGGCGGUGUGGACGAGGGCGUGGACUGCUGAAGAGAAUAGGCAUGGUGAUUUGCUUAAUAAGUAUCUUUAUUUGUCUGGGAGAGUUGAUAUGAGGCAGAUUGAGAAGACUAUUCAGUAUCUUAUUGGUUCUGGAAUGGAUCCAAAAACUGAAAACAACCCUUACUUGGGUUUCAUCUACACUUCCUUUCAAGAAAGAGCGACCUUCAUCUCUCAUGGAAACACUGCUAGACACGCGAAAGAUCUUGGAGAUUUGAAACUUGCACAGAUAUGCGGGACCAUUGCUGCUGAUGAGAAACGGCAUGAGACUGCUUACACCAAGAUUGUAGAGAAACUCUUUGAAAUCGACGCUGAUGGCACCAUCUUGGGAUUGGCUGAUAUGAUGAAGAAAAAGAUCUCAAUGCCUGCACAUUUAAUGUAUGAUGGCCAAGAUGACAACUUGUUUGAGCACUUCUCAACCGUUGCUCAGAGGCUUGGUGUUUACACUGCCAAGGACUAUGCUGAUAUUCUGGAGUUUCUUGUUGAACGGUGGAACGUUGAGACUUUGUCAGGCCUUUCUAGUGAAGGACACAGGGCCCAGGACUUCGUCUGCGGAUUACCUGCAAGAAUCCGGAAGAUUGAAGAGAGAGCUCAAGGAAGAGCCAAAGAAGCAGCCAAAAACGUACCAUUCAGCUGGGUUUUUGGUCGAGAGAUUAGGGCUUAA